AUGAAGCUCGACACCAAAGCCCUCCGCUACCUCACCACAGAGGACUGGCGAGUCCUCACCGCCGUGGAAAUGGGCAGCAAAAACCACGAGAUAGUCCCCACGCCCUUAAUCACCCAACUCUCGGGCCUACGCGGUGGAAGCGGGGUUCACAAGUGCAUCUCAACGCUCGCAAAGGCCAAUCUCAUUGCUAGGAUGAAGAACGCGAAAUACGACGGGUACCGUCUCACCUACGGCGGCCUUGACUAUCUCGCCCUGCACACACAUCUCAAACGGCAAACUUUGUACUCGACCGGCAACUGCAUCGGCGUGGGCAAAGAAUCCGACAUCUACGUCGUAGCCUCCUCCACCGGCAGGCAAUUUGUUCUGAAAAUCCACCGCCUGGGCCGCAUAUCCUUCCGCAGCAUCAAGAACAACCGUGACUACCUCAGGCACCGCAGCAACGCGAGCUGGAUGUACAUGAGCCGGCUGUCCGCGCUCAAGGAGUUUACGUUCAUGAAGGUCCUGAGGGAGAACGGCUUUAGGGUGCCAGAGCCUGUGGCGCAGAGUAGGCAUACGGUGGUGAUGGAGUUGAUUGAUGCUUUUCCUCUGAGGCAAAUACAAGAGGUGCCGAAUCCGGCUGGCUUAUAUGCGGAAUUGAUUGACAUUGUGCUACGCCUGGCGAGCUUUGGGUUGAUACAUGGGGACUUCAACGAGUUUAAUAUCCUGAUACGAGAGGAUGAGAUACCGGCUGUUGAAACAUCUGGCGACACCAAGACAGAUAUACCAGACUCCAAGCCAGCCAUCACACUUACGCCCGUCAUAAUUGACUUCCCCCAAAUGGUCUCCAUCGACCAUACAAAUGCCGAAAUGUACUUCGACCGUGAUAUCAACUGUAUCAAACGUUUUUUCGAGAGGCGGUUCAACUUUGUGAGCGACGAGCCGGGCCCUUUUUUUGCUGAUGCAAAAAUGCUCGCUGGUGCCCCCAAAGGCAAAAGAUUAGACGUUGAGGUUGAGGCCUCAGGCUUCUCUAAGAAGAUGGCGAAAGAAUUGGAGAAGUAUAUGCAGGAAGUCGGCGUGGAAGGAGAUGUCAGUUAUGAAGGAAGCGGUCACACCGGGGAAGGUGACUCUGAUGCUUCUGGCACUUCUUCGGGUGCAGAAGAGUCGUCUGACGACUUAUCUCAAGACUUAAGAGGUAGUGAUGGUAAUGAUGGCCUUUUCAAGCCCAGUAAUGAAGUUGAGUCCGAAGCGUCUCACAAAGAGUCAAAUGCUCUAGCUACUAACGCCGCUGCGGUAACAUUAGAGGAAAACAAAUGA